CAGUGUGUUGUGUGAAAUUGUGAUUUACUUAUUAUAAAUGUAAUAUACACCUAAACUUAUUUCAAGUUUAAUUACCAGUAUGGGCGAAUAUUCGUAUUCUUAAAAAGUAAGUGGAGAAAAAAUAUCAAAACCAGACGGCCAUGCAUGUCACAAUAGAAUUUUUUGUAACAUUCAUGUAAGUUUUUUUCAAAUUCAAUAUCAAAAUUUACCAUGUUAAAUAUCAAGAUCCCCCAUACCUCUUCAGUUGUAACAAAAUGCGCCAGAUACAUAUCGCAAUUCCGGAUACCAUUGAACGACUGCAAGAAUGCCAUGCCGGAGCGGAAGGUGAUCGACCCUAAAGCGUGCGUGAAGCGAGACCGCGGGCUCGUGCUGGGCGUGUACUACAACGAGCACGUGGCCGGCGAACGCGCCAUCCUCACCGCCGCCGCCGCCAAGUACAACAAGGACAACGGCGGCAAACUGUGGAAGCUGCUGGAGCUGUCCCCCAUCCCCAAGCUCGGUGAGGCAAGGGUAUUUUUUGACGUGGACCCUAAAUAUGCUUUCGUGGCCGUCGCAGGGCUCGGAACGGAAUGCUACACUUACAAUACCGUAGAACGGCUGGAUGAACACAAGGAGGCCAUCCGCACCGCCGCCGGCGUCGGUGCCCGCGCGCUGCAGGAACUUAACCCCGCCCACAUCGACGUGGAGUCUUUCGGCAACGCGGAGGCGGCGGCCGAGGGCGCCGAGCUGGCCGUCUGGCAGUUCACCGGGUACAGGGCACGAACUUUCGGUACUCAUGGUAAAAUCAAACUACACCUCUACGACGAUUGCGACUUCGAAGGUUGGGAAAUAGGGAGAAUUAAGGCAGAUUCCCAAAAUUUGGCUAGAUAUUUAGAAGAGUUGCCGGCAAAUGUCCUAAACCCGACAUCUUUUGCCAAAUUAGUCGUCGAUCUUCUGUGCGAGCUAGAUAUAAACGUGCACGUGAAGACGCGAGGAUGGGCUUCCGCUCACGAGAUGGGCGGAUUUGUCGCCCUGAGCCAUUCCUCUGUGCAACCGCCACUCUACGUGGAGGUCGGAUAUUUCGGCGGCAACCCAUGUAAGCAGCCGGUGGUGUUCAUAGGCAAAGGAGUGACGUUCGACAGCGGCGGUAUACAGUUAAGAUCGAGAGAGCACCUUCGUUAUAUGAAAGGCGACAUGGCCGGGGCGGCGUGCGUCGUGGCGAUCGUUCGCGCGGCCGCUUUGUUGAAACUACCCAUCAACAUCAGAGGGAUACUACCGCUUUGCGAGAUGAUGCCGAAUUGCAUGAGUCCGAAAUUCGGAGACGUCAUUUCCAACGCUCACGAAAAGAGUGUGAAGAUUCGUAUGCCGGCACGGGAGGGAAGACUGCUCAUCGCGGACAGCCUGGCGUACGCCAGGAAUUAUUGGCCAGAAUAUAUAGUCGACGUGGGCACAAUGUCGGAAGAAUUGGAGCACGCGCUCGGAAACGCGGCUUGCGCAUGUUACUCGAACUCUGAAGAUUUGUUCCGCGACUUCGAGGUAGCCGGGAGCAGGACCGGCGAUAGGAUAUGGCGGAUGCCGCUGUGGAACUUCUACGCGGACCGAAUAAGCGACGUGCAGGAGACGGAUCUGGCGAACACGGCGCGACACUUCUUCGGCGACUCUCCCAACUGCGCCGCGUUCCUGCGGCAGUUCGUGUGCGACGGCAAGUGGGUGCACCUCGACACCUACAACGUCACCUACACUAAGGGCCGCGACUUCAAGUACCUGCGCCGCGGCAUGACGGGCCGCCCCACCAGGACCAUUAUCGACCUUCUUCAGCUAAGAUUAUGUGCUAGCGGCGAACUAUAGGAGAUUUGAAAUAUAUAAUACAAAAUGACUCGCAUUCAAUAUUGUUAUGUGCAUUCGAUACUAAUGGAAAAUAUUUUCAUAUGUCUGUAGGCUCGUCGGCAAAACUAACAGUUUGUUAAAACAAAUGGUAUGGGGAACCAGAAAAAUGUGUACUUGGUCAUUUUAAAUACUACUUAAAUAGGUAUGUAAAUUAUUGUAGGUAUUAAGGGCAACCCUUAAAAACCUGGACAACAAGUGACGUAAAAUAUUAUUUUCAACCCGUAAAAACAUAGUAAUAAAAAGGAAAUUGUACUUAUACAUAUAAAGUGUAUCAAAACACAUUCUUUCAAAUUUAAUCAUGUUGUAAAAUCAUAAUUGCAAAACAAUAAUCAGGCGAAAAAUAAUACUCAAUUUUUGAUAUUAACUUUUCAACAUGAAAAGAUACAUGUAAAAAUAAUAAUUUGCGAAUGUGAAUUAGCAUGAUUUUAUAAUAAAAUGGUACUUAUUUAUACAAACAUUUUAAUAUUUUCAAACGACUUUCAAGACUUUUACGUGAUUGUCUCGUAAGUGGAAAUUUAUGUAUAAGUAAACAAAAGUUUUUUUUAGUUAAUAAAACAUGGAAGUCCA